AUGAAGUAUGGAUUAGUGGCCUUAGUUGAAUCUUCUUCAACCAAUGACAACCAUUGCAGGACCUAUAUUUUAUGUUAUUAUGACGAAUGUGCUAAGAAAAUGAAAGUACUUUGCAAUUUGAGCGAACAAAUUUCUAAAGCUUUGCCGAGCGCAGAUGAAAUGUUCAAUAUUAAGAGCAUCCAUCAUUUAACAUUUUCAAAAUUCAAGACACAGUGUUUAUGUGGCCUUUUUUGUGACAAUAACCAUCGACUUUUCAAAUUUGAAAUAUCAGACACGGGAGACAUGACACCGUUGGAAACUCUUCGUCUGUUAGAUGAUGGUUUAAAUACUUCAAAGCAGUGUGCCAUAUCUAGUAUCAGUGCAGGUGCCUAUCAUUUUAUUAUUCUAGAUGAGAACGGAACGGUAUAUUGCUAUGGAAACAAUUCAUAUUCACAAUGUGGCAUUACAACAUAUUCCACUGAUGGGAAAAUUGAUUUUCCAAGAGUUUUGGACCGGCCACAUUUUUUAGAAAUUCUGAAAGACGAUGUUAAAAUCGUAAAAGCUUGUUGUGGCGCUUCUCAUACCUUACUACUUUCCGAUGAUGGUUGUGGCUAUGCCCUUGGCAGCAAUUUAGAAGGCCAAUGUGGUAUAAUCAUUACUGGUGAACAACACAGAAUUUGUACAGAGCCUUCUUUAAUUGAAUCAGAUGUUACAGAGUUGAUACAACUCGAAGAGAACAUUGUCGACAUUUGCUGUGGAGUUGAUUAUUCUAUCGUUUUGGCUCGUGACGAACAACAUUGUCAAGCUCUAUUUACAGGAAAGAGAUCAUCACAACACAAAGUCAUUGGAUUUUCCAAAGUUUCAGCACUGGAGCAUGUAUUCAAAGCCUGCCCUCAUCUCAAGUUACGCUGUAGUUCUAUUGGAAAGCAUUAUUUCUUAUAUAACAACAACACUCGUGCAUGA